AUGUUCAUCAGAUCCAGAGCCGCCAUUGGUGCCGUUCAGGGCGCUAGCAGAAGCUAUGCGACGCUGCGGGAGAUUGAGAUGCGUUUGAAGUCUAUCAAGAACAUCGAGAAGAUCACCAAGACGAUGAAGAUCGUGGCUUCGACUCGGUUGGGGAAGGCGGACCGUGCGAAGCAGACGGCUCGCCAGUACUCCAAGGCCGAGGCCGAGUUCUACAGCAACGCUGGGACUGCGGUGGGCGAGGGCGAGGCACGUGAUCUGGUGAUUGCAAUUACGUCGGACAAGGGUCUGUGUGGUUCCAUCCACUCUCAGCUGGCUAAGGCUGUACGCGCACAUCUGGCAAACCACCCAAGCAGCGACGUCGUGACUGUUGGUGACAAGGUCAAAAACCAGAUUAUGCGGUCUCACGCUGACAACCUGAAGAUGUCCUUCAAUGGCGUGGGCAAGGAGGCGCCCACGUUCGAGGAGUCUGCAUUGAUCGCAGACAAGAUCUUGGAGCACGAUGCUGCGAAGUACGGCAAGAUCACUGUGUUCUACAACUCCCCAAUUUCUUCUUUGUCAUUUGAGCCUUCGCAGAAGCCUGUGUACAAUGCCGACACCAUCGAGCAGUCCCCUUCGUUUUCCAAGUACGAGGUGGACUCUGACUCCAACGUCCCCCAGGAUUUGUUCGAGUUCACUCUGGCCAACCAGAUCCUCUCCGCUAUGGCUGACGGGUACUCUGCCGAGAUCUCUGCCAGAAGAAACGCAAUGGACAACGCAUCCAAGAACGCCGGCGAAAUGAUUAACAAGUACUCCAUCCUAUACAACAGAACCAGACAGGCAGUUAUUACCAACGAAUUGGUUGACAUUAUCACCGGUGCUUCCUCCUUGGACUGA